AUGAGCACGACCACCGAUAACGCUGCUCCAUCAGCAGACACCACUGCAAGCAACUCCCCCAUCGACGACCAUCAUGCCGCCACCGACAAGGAGACCGCUCCGGAUACAACACGCGACUCCAGCCCCGAUGGCGAACCCGCGCAAAAGGAAGCCGACGACGAGGUUGAUCCACUAAACAGCAAUGGCCUCAUUCAAGGCCGUACAAAAGGCAAGGUCGCCGUGAUCAUGGCCGCUCUGAUGAUGGCCGUCUUUCUCGCCGCUCUAGACGUCACCAUUAUCACCACGGCCCUGCCAACCAUUAGUCAACACUUCAAUUCCGCCGCAGGAUACACCUGGAUCGGAUCCGCAUUCUUACUGGCAAACGCUUCGUCCAUUCCGGUCUGGGGCAAAGUGUCCGAUAUUUUCGGGAGAAAGCCAAUGUUGCUGGCCGCGAAUGUCAUCUUCUUAGUGGGCUCGCUGGUGGCGGCUUUGGCUUAUAGUAUUGGUAUGUUGAUCGCUGCGAGAGCGGUGCAGGGUAUCGGUGCGGGUGGACUGGUCAUUUUGGUGAACAUCGUUAUUGGUGACCUCUUCCCAUUGAACAUUCGUGGUGCGUUCUACGGACUGAUUGGAGGUGUCUGGGCGAUUGCAUCGAGCUUGGGACCGAUCAUCGGAGGCGCUUUCACGCAGAGUGUGACUUGGCGAUGGUGUUUUUACAUCAAUCUGCCCCUCGACGGCAUCGCCUUCUUCAUCCUCCUCUUCUUCCUCGACGUCAAAACCCCACGCACGCCGUUCAUGCAAGGCCUCAAAGCCAUCGACUGGGUCGGCGUCCUCCUCAUCGUCGGCGGCACCCUAAUGUUCCUCUUCGGCCUCCAAUACGGCGGCGUGACCGCACCCUGGGACUCAGCUCUCGUCCUCUGCCUCAUCAUCUUCGGCGUCCUCACUCUCGCUCUCUUCCUCCUCUACGAGUGGAAAUUCGCCAAAUACCCCAUCAUGCCCAUGGCCAUCUUCUCCUCCGUCACCAACCGCGCCACCCUCGGCGUCGUCUUCAUCCAUGGCUUCGUCUUCAUCUCCGCCUCCUACUACCUCCCUCUCUACUUCCAAGCUAUCCUUGGCGCCUCCCCGCUCCUCUCCGGCGUUUACCUCCUCCCCCACGCCAUCGCGCUUGCCGUCUCUUCCCUCGCAACGGGAAUCUUCGUCGCCAAGACCCGCAAAUUCCUUCCGCCCAUCUACUUCGCCUUCUUCAUGCUCACCCUCGGCUUCGGCCUCUUCAUCAACCUCGACGCCCACUCCGGCUGGGCCAAAAUCAUCAUCUACCAAAUCAUCGCCGGUCUCGGCGUGGGACCUCUCUUCCAAGCUCCCAUCAUCGCUCUCCAAGCACACAUCAACCCCCGCGACAUCGGCACCGCGACCGCCACUCUCGGCUUCAUCCGCCAACUCUCCACCGCCAUCUCCGUCGUAGUCGGCGACGUCGUCUACCAAAACCAAUUCUCCAAGAAAUUCGACACCGUCGCGGCGGCGAUUGGUCCACAAGCUGCAGAGGAACUCACGGGUGGUAAUGCGGGUGCUUCGACGGCGUUCAUCAACGACCUUCCGAACCCGGGGAGGAGGGUCGUGAGAGAGCAGUUUGCGAAGAGUUUGCAGCCGAUGUGGAUCUUGUAUACGUGUUGCGCGACGGUGGGCUUGGUGGUGAUGUUCUUCGUGCAGAAGAAGGUGUUGACGGCGAAGCAUGAGGAGACGAAGACGGGGUUGGAGGCGGAGAGGGAGAAUGCUGCGGCGAGGAAGAGGGAGAAGGAGGAGAGGAGGGGGAAGGCGAGGGGUGCGGUGGAGAAGGAUGUUGAGGCUGGGAGUUGA